GGUCGAGGAAGAGCAAAGAACGGAGAAGGAGCAGAAGAUGUAAACGUCGAGGAAGAACCACAAGCUGAGGAACCCAGAGACCAAGACACAGGCGGCCCAAAGAGUGUUGAUGAAGGAGGAGAAGGAGCAGGAGGAGAGGUGCAAAAACCAGAAGAAGCAGGAAAUGCCAUGAGCGGCGGAAGGGGAGGAAGAGGAAGAGGAAGAGGGGCAAGUGGCGGAAGAGGGAGAGGAAGAGGUAGAGGCAGAGGAAGCCCGAAGAAUGGUGAAGCAUCAGAAGACGUAAACGUGGAGGAAGAACAGCAAGCUGAGGAGCCCAGCGGCCAAGGCACAGGCGUUCUGAAGUGUGUUGAUGACGGAGCAGCAGGAGAGGUGCAAAAACCAGGGGAAGAUGGAAAAGUCACGAGAGGCGGAAAGGGAGGAAGAGGAAGAGGGGGAAGGCGAGGAAGAGUGCAGAAUGAUGAACUAACAGAAGACGUAAACGUAGAAGACCAGCAAGCUGAGGAGCCCAGCGGCCAAGGCACGGAUGGCCAGCAGAGUGUUGAUGAAGGAGGAGAAGGAGCCGGAGAGGUGCAAAGAACAGAGGAAACCGUAAAAGCCGUGAGAGACGGAAGGGGAGUAGGAGGAAGACCAAAUAAUGAUGAAGUAACAGAAGACGUAAACGUAGAAGAACAACAAGGUGAGGGACCCAGAGACCAAGACACAGACGGCCCAAAGAGCGAUGUAGAAGGAGGAGGGGUGCAAAAACCAGCAGAAGCUGGAAAAGCCUUGAGACGCGGAAGGGGAGGCAGACAGCAGAUUGGCGAAGAAUCAGAAGACGUAAAUGUAGAAGAACCAAGUCCCAGAGACCAAGACACAGGCGGUACCAAGAGCGUUGAAGGAGGAGAGGUGCUAAAAAGAGUAGAAGCGGGAAAGGCCGUGUUGGAUGGCACGGGGGAGGAUGACGACGUCAACAUGGAUGAGACUGAGGACUCAAGCGACGAAGAUGAAGACUCAGAUUUGGAGGGUGAGGAUGACGAAGAGUGGCUACCUCGGGCCUCCGCCAAUGCAAAGAGACGUCGGAAGGAGGAGGACGAGGACAGAGAUGAAGAGAAUGAUGACGAAGAAACAGGGAGAGGAAAGGGGAGAGGCGGCAGGGGAAGUCGAGGAAGAGGUGAGAGUCGAGGGAGAGGAAGGGGUCGAGGAAAAGGUGGAGGAAGAGGUAGAGGUAGAGGCAGAGGCAGACAGAAUAUUGGUGAAGUAUCAGAAGAUAUAAACGUACAAGAACAUCAAGCUGAGGGACCCAAAAAAGACCAACCAGAAGAAGCUGGAAAAGUCACGAGAGGCGAAAGGGGAGGACGAGGAAGAGGAAGAGGAAGAGGGGGAGGAAGAGGCAGACAGAAGAUUGGUGAAGUAUCAGAAGAUGUAAACGUACAAGAGCACCAAGCUGAGGGACCCAAAAAAGACCAACCAGAAGAAGCUGGAAGGGGAGGACGAGGAAGAGGAAGAGGAAGAGGAAGAGGGGGAGGCAGAGCAAGACUGAAGAAUGGUGAAGUAUCAGAAGAUGUAAACGUAGAGGAAGAGCACCAAGCUGAGGGACUCCGAGAUCAAGACACAGGCGGCCCAAAGAGUGUUGAUGAAGGAACAGCAGGAGAGUUUCAAAAGCCAGAAGAAGCCGGGAAAGCUAUGAGAGGCGGGAGGGGAGGAAGAGGAAGAGGAAGAGGGGGAGGCAGAGCAAGACUGAAGAAUGGUGAAGUAUCAGAAGAUGUAAACGUAGAGGACGAACAACAACAAGCUGAGGGACCUAGAGACACAGACGGCCUGAAGAGAGUUGGUGAUGAAGGAGGAGGAGGAGGAGAGGGGCAGAAGCCAGGAGAAGCUGGAAAAGCCGUCUUGGAUGACACGGGGGAGGAAGCACCGAACGUGAAUGAGAGCAAGGAUUCCAGGGGCGAAGAUGAAAACCCAGAUUUGGAGGGUGGUGGUGAUGAUGACGUAGACAGGGUGCCUUCCAGGGAGGAAGCAGAAGGAGAAGAGGAAGAGGAAGAGGAAGAGGCAGCUGCUGGAUCUUCCACCUCUAAGGGGAAAGCUGCUGUACAACCACGAGGCAGCGCAGCAUCCGGAGGCCGAGGGAGAGGAAGAGGAAAAGGCCAAGACCCUGCAGCCCUACCUACAGGUGCUGACGUAGAGGGUGGGCCCUGGUUGGACGAUAGUACAGAGGACCACCUACCACCUCAGCCCGAAUUUCAGCCUCUACGGACGCCUGGCCCACAAAUUACGCAAGGAGCGGAAUACACAACAAUGCAACUCUUCAGGCUCUUCUUUACUGACACCAUGCUGCGCACUCUGGUGCGAAACACCAACAAAUACGGAGCAAGUUGUCACGCUGACCGAUGGACUGACCUCACACGUUCAGACGUCUUUUCAUACAUGUCCUUGCUCAUAUACAUGGGGAUGACACAGCUGCCCGCCACUAGCGACUACUGGAGACAAGCCGAGCUAUACAACCUAUCCUUUCCCAGGUCCGUGAUGUCCCGCCGCAAGUUCAAGGUCAUCAACACGGCGCUAUACAUGAGCGACCCCGAUGACGAUGCCGUAAACGACGCACGAAAAGGAACGGCCGAAUACGAUUGCCUGCACAAGCUCAAGCCCCUGUACACAGAGCUGCGGGAGGCUUGCAAGACCAACUUCCAUCCCUACCAGCACAUCCGUGUGGACGAGAGGAAGGUGAUCACCAGACCAGGACUGGUGCAGAAAGACAAGCAAAGUAAAUAUGGUUACAAAUGGUUUGUCCUCAUGGACUCCAGAAGUGGCUACACGUGGGACUUCCACAUGAACGAGGGCAGAUGUGAGAUGGAGAGAGGAAAGGGCCUCAGUUACGACUUGGUGAUGGAGCUGCUGUCCACCAAGGCUCUGGGCGCAGGAUACAAACUGUAUGUGGACAAUUUUUACAACAGCCCAGAAUUCUUCAAGGACCUGCUGCAGCAAAAGGUCUGGGCCUGUGGAACCGUCGGGCCCAGCAACACGAAGGGCUUCCCUCGUACAGACAGGCCCGGUGCGCUCGACAAGAAGUCUCCACGAGGUGCUAGCAGGUGGAUCAGGGAAGAGCCGCUGUUGUUCGUGCAGUGGAGAGACACGCGCAUUGUGCAAGUGUGCUCCACCAUGCACCAGGCCCACGCAGGGGAGACCGUCCAACGGAAGGUAAAAGUUGCCGGUGGAAAGUGGUCAACCAAGGAUAUCCCAGUUCCGCCAGCAGUCAAAGACUAUUACAAACACAUGGGUGGAGCCGACCUCUCGCAUGCUCUCAUUGACUCCUACAAAGUUCCGUCCAAAAGCAGGAAGUGGCACCAAGGUCUGUUUUCCCUUUUCCUAGACAUCGCAAUCGUCAAUGCCUUUGUUCUACACAAGGAGAUUGCCUUGAGCAAAGGGCAAACGCCAAAAACCCAGAAGGCCUUCCGGGAGGAACUGGCGAUGGAACUGUCAAAAGCCAGGUCCCGCACCACGUACACGUUUGCCACACCUCCCCCUGCUCCCCACCUCAUACGUGGCGUGCACCUGCCGGUGUAUAUCGGGGGCAAUGCCACUCAGAGCCGUAAGUUGUGCUGUUUGUGCCGUAAGAAGACCCCCAUCAUGUGUGAGGCUUGCGCCCGCCCGUUCUGCAUGGUCUCGGCCCGAAACUGCUACACUCAUUGGCAUACACAGAACAUCCCUGUCACUACCCCAGGGGACUUGAAAAUUGUAGGGUGUUUCUUCCGGGGUUUGGAGGACUCAAUAUUUGAAAUCGGUUAUUCUUAAAGGGACACUGUGUGAGAUUUUUAGUUGUUUAUUUCCAGAAUUCAUGCUGCCCAUUUACUAAUGUUACCUUUUUCAUGAAUACUUACCACCACCAUCAAAUUCUAAGCAUUCAUUAUGACUGAAAAAAUUGCACUUUUCAUACAUGAAAAGGGGGAUCUUUUCCACGGUUCCCCAUUUUGAAUUUCCCAAAAACAGCCAUUUUUAGCUGCAAAAAUGAAUCUACU